UUAAAACAUCGCCGGGGAACGGCGUCGAGCGGCGGCCGGAGGCCGCGGCGCGGCUCCCGCCGUCCACCUGCUGCGUAUUCCCUCUUUGGUCGGUCGCGAUCUGCUCGCGAGGCGCGUCUUUGUGGGCGAAUGUGCGUGAAUCACUCGGGGCCCGUCUACUUCCUGCAGGACGUGUCGGGGCUCAGGCGAGGCGCCGCCGCCAGCUUGUCUCUCCGCAGCGGCGGCGGCUCCCAGGCAGCACCGUGAUCGGCGGACGGUCGGUGGAGCGUGUGCGCGGCGGGAUGUGGCGGAAACGGCAGCGUCGUCGGUGACUGGCGCUGAAGCCUGGCGUGCUAGCGGGCGUUAGCUGCUGCGGCUAACAGCGCGCUCAGAAGGCUCCAGUGUUGCUGUUCCGGGUUGUUCAUCCAGGAGCCGUGGCCGCACCGCGCCCUCGGCGGGGGGGACACUGGCCAGAGCCGAGGUCGCUGGGUGUCGGGUCCGACUCCAGGGGCCGGGGCUCGCGAGCCUCCCUGCGACACGCAGCGCCCCGCACUGUCGCCCUCGUCCAGCCUCGGGUCACGAACGCGGCCCAGCUGCGGCUGACACCCGGCCACCCGGCGAGUGCGUGUGACGGCGAGACACGCAGCAGCUGCUGCUGCUGCGUCCGCGGCGGCACAGGACGCCAUCAAUCGUCCGUCGCUUUCAGCAUUUAGCCGGAGCCCGCGUGAGACGGGCGCCCAGCUGGACGCGUGCUCCGCGAUCCAAGUGCAGGAUUAACCCUUUCAGUCAGCAGCGCGCACCCAGGCCCGUGUCGUUACAGCGUGAAACCACUUGGAGCUCGGGCCGACGAGUCCGUGUUCGUCUGAAGGAGACGCCCGGCUGCGGUGCUGCAGAUGACGCUCCUCCACCUGCUGUUGGGCUCCUGAGUGAAGCGGCUCACCGGGCCUGACGGGCUCUUGACUCGGCACCGGCCAGGUCCACAAGUCUGAAUCCCGACUCCCGGUGUGAGCGCCCCCUAGAGGCCGCGUGUUUUCAUGUCCCUACGGAAACUGGCAGCGUUUCAAGCAUGGCCCAGAGCUGCCAGAGUUCGGUGAGGUUUGGCGAGUCCGGAGGCGUCGGGCGGCGGGUGUGGUCUGGGCCGCCGUCUUCACGCCGCCCUUCAGGUCUGACACGUGUCUGUGGCGGUGUGGGAGGAUGGCAGGAUGUUCUGAGCUCCUGCAGGGCGUUUCACCGGACCGACCCGUAAACUCGACCCGUGUUUGAUAAGCCGGUGACUCAGGGCCACGUGGCCUCGGCUGUUGCCUAACACGCCGUUCACCAGAUAAGGGCCGUGACCUCAGCAAGAUGGCCGCUCAGGCUUGCUGCGUUGCGAACGGCUCGAUGCUACGUUGCUGUCGCGGAGUCAGAAGGAGCCUGGAAGCGUCGUCCUGUGGUUCCAGCUGCUCUUCUCCUCACGUGGCUCCAUGGUGGCGGUUUGUUUGGGCGGAGCCUGUGGCGGCGUGUUGCCGUGGCCCAGCGCCACCCGGGUUCUAAACGUCGCACCACUUGUGUGAAGACCUGAAGUGAGCAGGAAACGUGUGUGUGUGUGUGUGAUGCUGCUCUCCUCCCAGGAGUAAAAGUUCCUCGCAACUUUCGCUUGUUGGAAGAGCUGGAGGAGGGUCAGAAGGGCGAGGGCGACGGCACCGUCAGCUGGGGCCUGGAGGACGACGAGGACAUGAGUCUCUCGCGGUGGACGGCCAUGAUCAUCGGGCCCACAAGAACCAACUAUGAGAACAGGAUAUACAGCCUGAAGCUGGAGUGUGGGCCCAAAUACCCCGAGAGCGCCCCCAUCGUUAGAUUUGUUACGAAAAUUAGCAUGAAUGGGAUAAAUAACUCCAACGGCAAGGUGGACUCUAAUAGCAUACCAGUGUUAGCAAAGUGGCAGAAUACGUAUAGCAUUAAAGUUGUUCUUCAAGAGAUCCGGCGUCUCAUGUUGGCCAAAGAAAAUAUGAAGCUUCCGCAGCCUCCAGAAGGACAGCAGUACAGCAAUUAAUCCUCCUGGAUGGUGGCGGCCCUCUGUCUUAAACCUACUAUUAGAAGCAACGUAAACAUCAAGAGGCUCACUUCACAUCCCAUUGAUAAAGUCGGGGAGGGAAAAUUGGACUUGGUUCUUCUACUUCUACUUCUCAUAGAUCAUUGACGAAACGUCCCUGCAGCUCCGCAGCACUGACUAGAUAGAGAUGCCAGACCACAGUUGUUCGCCUUGAAUAAAGUUAUUUGACAAUGACUUUUAUGUUGGACUUGGCCUGAGUUUGGAGAGGGGAGCGCCAGGCGGCGGCCGGGCCACCACCGGUGUCGGCGGCCCGCGGCGGCGCGUGCGUGCGCGUGGAGGCAUGUUGUGUUACUAAUACUAGUUCCAAAAGAAGCCACGUGUUUUUGAGUUUUAGUGCGAUUUAGCAGGCUCUUGGAUGAUCGUGCCGAUUGUUCCGAGUGCAGACGUGGCUGUAGUCUCAAAGUAGUGUCACCAGGUGAGAGGGUUUUUUUUUUUAUAAAUCUAUAUAAAUCUAUGUAUUUGACACAAUAUACCGAUAUGUUCUUCGACAUGUAACCGACAUGGACGCCUGUUGUCUUCCUGGCCUCUCGUGACGGUGGCAGGAACCUGUCUGAUUUUUCUCAAAUUAAAAUCACUGUCUGCGAAAAAAAAAACAAAAAAAAAUGGAAAUAAAAGUCCCAACGCUU